AUGGACAUUCAGCACCUCGAGGUCGGCCACGACGUCAUCUUGGCGGACACGAAACUCCUUAUCGUCUCCCGCAUCAAGCAAAGCCAAUCGAUCGCAGCCACAAUCGGCGAGGCGGAGCGCAUUCUCGCCAAUCUGACUAUCCGGCUCGGCGGUACGGUUCACCAGCAGCACCUGUCGGUCGUCACCGGCCUCAACGCGGCCUGCGAUGAUCUCUCGGGACCUCUGGAUCAUCAUUUGGCCGCUCUGCUAUCACAGAAGGCGGUGAUAGAUGACCUGGAGCCGAGCAUGCCGACGGCGACCAUCGCGAAUGCCAAGGACGAAUCGCCUGGGUCGCCCUCCACGUCAACAAGGCAGUCGGAUCCCUCCUCAUCUGCGAGCUCAAUCGAGAGUAAGUUCGCGGAAUCACCGGUGUCCUUCAGUAAUCCCUCCAAAUCUCUUCCUUCCGUUAACGUCUCGACCCACCUCCCCUGCCCUCCGCUUCCUUCCUCAUCCUCGUGGUCACAGAUGAUCAAGCGGUCCGAUGCUGCCGAUAUUCCCGUCCAAGUCACCGGAGAGUACUCACAUACUCUUCCGGGCGGAUCUCCGUCUCCUCUGCGUCCUCCACGCUCGGCACGGCGGGCAAAGCGGGGACCUGAGGAGACCGACGACCUUCCCCCGGCGAAACGGUCAAAGUCCCCUCCGAGACAAUCCGCCUCAACCGAGAACUCUCUCCUCCCAACGACAGCCGAUGAGGAGGACGAGCAAUCCACCGGAGUUCGGCGAUCUACUCGGACUCAGCUUCGCCCCAAGGACUACUUCGAGUUCAUGGAGCCCACCCACCCUUCGUAUAUCUCCCUGCAGGAGGCGCGGGGAGGUGCCAAGCGCCCGAAAGCACCGGUAAUUGCAGGCGUCGUCAAAGAGGGGCACUUGAGGCAAAGUUCCGGGCUCAUUAGACCUGGUGCUUUCAAAGCGAGGUGGCCAGAGUGUGCCAAGAAGACCUCCCACGGCAAACUCCUUAUUGUGACAUGUGACAAGUGCGGCGGCAGAUGCCAUGCAGCCUGUGCUGGCUUUACCCCGGACGAGUACUCCCGUGAGGAAUGGACCUGCCCGGAUUGCAGAUACCUGGCGGAGACAGGGGGUGAUAAGUUACACGUCGCCGAGUCUGAUCUAGGUGCAUGCAUCCGGCCGGAUUGCAUUCUUCUACCUAAGCGCAGUCUACGCGAGCAAAGGGCAAUCGACGAGUGUGAUGAGGGGUCGGGCGACGAAGCUGAAGAUGUGCCUCCAUACGUAGUGACCCGGUUCAUAGGUCGCCGUCGCGGGUCAGCAUACUCAGUAACCAACAAGUUGCUCGAGUACCUCGUCAUGUGGAAAGGCGAGGAAGGCGACCCGGAGCGGCUCUGGGGCGUUGAAGAUGCUACUUGGGAAACACGGCAAAAUCUCGAGACCGUUUGGGAGGAGAUGGAUGCUCCCUUUGCCGCCGCCUGCCUCGCAGAGGGGAUCGACCACCGGCUUGAUCAACCGAAACCCAUCCUCCUCCAAGAGGCGCGCGGGAUAUGGAACGAGGAGGGCGAGCUACGAGGAGACGUCGACGGCUGGUCCAAGAGAGAGUGGGAGAGGCUGAUGGCGGAGGCAGCGCAGAAAGCAGAGGAAGCGGCGAGAAAGAAGAAGAAGGGGAGAUCUGUCACAUCUCGAAAGUGA